AUGGCGCUGGCUCUGGCUGAUGUCCUGCUGGACGUGUGUCCCAGGGAGUGUGGGAUUUGCUACGAGGCCUACAAAGUGGCUUCCAAGUGGCGGGUGCCCAAGCUGCUGCUGUGCCACCACUCGCUGUGCUUCUCCUGCCUCAGGAAGCUGGUCUGCCAGGCCCAGGCCAUCUCCUUUGUGGUCUGCCCCUUCUGCAGGAUGGAGGAGGAAGAGGCGGCCCCCAGCACCUUGGAGUACUCCACAAGCGAUUCCUCUCUCUCCCUGGACAUGGAGUUUAACUACGUGACCCAUUCAUCUAUCUUCACUAUAAGCAGCGUGGUCUCCCCGUACGGCUUGGCGGUGCCGGGCAGCUCCAGGGCCUGGAGCGGGCUCCACAUGCAGGAGGUGCAGAACGCCUUCUUGGUGGGGCUCCCAGGCCGAGCGGCGUCUGCGGAUGCUCAACCACCCAUCUCCUCGGUGGAGAAUCUGCGCCUGUGCUUCGCCAUGGGCAUCCUCAUCCUCAUCAUCUCUGUCUUCUUCCUGCUGGUGUUCCUGAAGUAG